CUGCGAUGAUUGGUUCCUGCUAGAAGAACGGUCCUGGGGUGGAGGUGAAAACCUGGUGAAACCCCGGGAGAAUAGCGCCAUCUUCCGGGAAAAAUACACCUCAAACACGAUUUAUUUAUGUUUUUCUAAUUAAUUUUUGUCGUAAUUGUCGAUUUAGUUGUGUGUAAAAGUAGCAUUUGUGCUCACAGACGUCAACGGUUAUUGAGUGAAAAUGGCGAAACGGUUAUUUUGUUCUCCAAGCCAAAGAAUACGUUUCAAGUUUCGGGAGGCCUCGUUUGACCUGCUCACAGAUUUCCUUGUUAAUCUCAACAAAAGAAACAAAGAUAACCUCAACAGUUUAUCAAAAUGUAGUGGGAACUUCAAAGAUAAAAGACUGAUGGAAUACAUCUUCCUGAUAGCUAAAGAACUUGGACUUGAUCCACUGGCUGGAUACCAUGCAGUUGAAUUACUUCAAAGGUUCAUGGUCAAGCACGUUACAGAUUUGUUGACCACACCCACACCUCAAGGUGCAGCUGCCGAACCACCAAAAAGUUAUGAGGAUGCCGUGUUAGACAAGCUGAAGGAGAAAUUCCACCUCAUCAUCUUCUCCUGCGUGCAACUUGCAAGCAAACUGUCUUUGCACAGUCACAUAAUCGACAACAGUACUGCUGUAUCCUUUCUGCAAUCAGUUGGCCACAGUGUUUCCAAGCAGACUGUCCUGGAAUCAGAGCUGAUGGUAUUAAAAGUGCUUGAAUUCAGACUAAACAACCCCAACCCUCUGACGUAUGUGGAAAUCCUUCUGGAAGUGCUUGGCCACAAUGAGCCAUCCAUCCCUGUUGAGCGCCUGUAUCACCUGUGCCACCAUGUUCUCCAGUUCAUCAGCCUACAGAGGACUGCCAUCUACGACUCCUUGUUAGUGAUUACCACUCAGUGUGUCACCCCAUCCAGAGAACAGAGAUUCACUGGACAGUACAUCAAAGAUGUGGAAGGAUGUGGGACACAAGUGGAACCUCCCAGGAAGUUGUCCAGGAUCUCAGCACUGGAGGGACGCUCAGAGCCUGUGAUCUCCCUGAUGUUUGUUUUGCUGAAAAGGUGUUUCAUCUUGUUCUUGCUCUUCAGGAUGUCUUGGCUUUGCGUUUGCUUGCUUCCUCCAUGGCUGGAUCCAUUUAAUACUCUGUCUUUCACAUACUCACACCUGUGCUUGUUGUGAUACCAUGCAGGGUGUAUUUUAUUGCCAUGGGAAAGGAAAUGCAAAAAAGCUGUGUUCCAAAGAAAAUCAAACAUAUUGGCUUGCAAUAAAAACACAGCAGAUAUCAAGUAACAGUUAAUAUUAUGAAAUAGCAUAGAAGCUUUAAGAAAAAUAGAUGGGUAGUGAGAAAACUGUCCAGUUGCAUCCUGCAACAACCUGCAGCGCAAAAUGUAUCCUAGAAAACUUACAUCUGGAUGCCAGGGGGGCGUUUACUCUGUGGGGAAUCUUCGAAGCCAUCGCCAGCUCUGCAGUCAUGCUCUGGGUUCCACUUGAGAUAGCUUGAAGGCGGCAGCACAGUGAGCUUUUAUUCCAUAGGCUUCCCAGCUUAGACAAAGCAUUUUUCCCAGAGCUGCAGGGGGGACGACUGCAGGUUGCAAGCAAAGAGGUUUUGGAGUGUAAGUCUUGGAAAGCUGCAGGCUAUAACUUAAGAGGUGUGUUGGCUGCUGACAUUCUGAAACUGUGGUAAUAUGCCGUGAGUAUAUUCCACAGCUGGUGUAAUUUCUACAUAUGGUGUAAAUUCCUAUUGUGGUAUUGUUUAAGUUGUUACCUUCCUUGCAGCUGACAUGGUCUGCAUAAGUGUUGAAAAAGUCUGCAUGCCAGUUAUCUCUUGUUUUACCUCUGUAUCUAGGAUCUCUCUAUACCAUCUAUGAGGCUGAUUCUAACAGAACAAAUCUUAAAAAGAGGUAAUGAAGUUGAUGUUCCAAAUCUAAUUGUUUCCUUUGCACCCUGAACAUAUUCAGCGCUACUGAGGGUUUCAGCACCCUGUCGCUCCCGGUUUUGAGGUACAGCUGAAACAAAAGUCGUUCACAAUAUCUGGGACAUAAAUGCAACACAACAGAUGGCAGCUAGCUAGUGUGGAAGAGAAUAUGCAGGCUCAAAUACCACCAGGUAUGAAAUAAACCUGGAGAAAGCAAGACUGCAGCAGGGUGUAACACCUGUAUCCACUGUCAGGUGUGUUGACUGUGUGACAGGCUACUGCUUUGAAACCACAAAACAAAGAUAAUGUUGAAACUUCACACUUGUUUUCUCCCAACCAAAAUAUCUUUGUUUUACAUUUGACCAAAAAAUAGAAUGGCAGAUUGAAUUUCACACGUUUUCAGAAAUGCAAUUACAUCAUUUUAUUGUGUAUACUCUUUUCACUAUAAGCAUAAAAGGCAAAAUCUUGCAAGGAAAAAAGUAAACCUCAUUAUUCUUUUGGAAAAUUGACGUUUGUUCAUUUAGAAAAAUAUUAAAAUAGAUUUCUUUUAGUCCUUACAUUCAAAAUACACUAUUCACGUUUAAGGUUUAAACAUGUGCAUAUAUAGGCUACUAAUAAAAAUUACAUAUAAAAUCUGACCCCUUUUUGUGUUAAAAUUACAAUUGUAAAAAAGAUGAGAGAAUGAUUGUAGUUUGUUUUGGGGGGUUUUCCCCAAAAUGUACAGAUGUUUCCUAUUCCUUCUGAAUGUGACGUUACCCCCAUUUUUUUUCUUGGAGAAUAUAUUGUUGUAAAUGAUUCUGGGAAAUAAAGUCCUGAGGGAAUUUGCUUUUA